GAAAUGCCUAGGUAUUGUUUUUUCGCUUCGCUUCCCAUUCAGGCACUCGCUUCCAGCACAAGGGGAAAUAGUGGGGUGGAUGCGGGAUGAUCACUAGCGCAAAACCUUAUCGCCGAAUUCCCCAUCAAAAAAUAAAUUCUGCCGGCUUCACCAAGAACAAUCCAACUCUCUCAUGAUGGCUUCCUCCGCCGUAGGACGAAAAUCUAAGCUUGCAGGAAGACCCAAGCAAGAUGCGCGAUCCCUAAAACGAAAGCGCGAAAUCAACGAACAUGAAACUCUGGAGAAAUCCAUUGAGGAGCUCGUAAGUCUUUUCUAGAUCCCCUUGCAGCAAAGUAUUGACUGACCAUUUUUAGGAUCCCAAGGCCGAUGUCAAAGAUUUCGCGGACCUACCUCUAUCGCAACCUACACACUCGGGACUAGAGGCUUCGCAUUUUAAGACGCUAACGGACAUUCAAUCGAAAGCUAUACCACUAUCAUUGAAAAGGAAGGAUAUCCUCGGAGCCGCAAAGACGGGAAGUGGAAAAACUUUGGCAUUUCUAGUACCAGUGUUGGAAAAUCUGUAUCGGCAGAAAUGGACGGAGUUCGAUGGCCUCGGUGCUCUCAUAAUUUCGCCCACGCGCGAACUAGCGAUCCAGAUUUUUGAGGUUCUGAGAAAGAUCGGUAGGCAUCAUACUUUUUCGGCGGGUCUUGUGAUUGGAGGGAGGAGUCUACAGGAGGAACAGGAACGCUUGAGGAAGAUUAACAUUCUUGUUUGUACACCCGGACGGAUGUUGCAACAUAUGGACCAGACGGCGGCCUUUGAGAUAGGCAACUUGCAGAUGCUGGUACUGGACGAGGCGGAUCGGAUUAUGGACAUGGGAUUUCAGACUGCGGUCGAUGCGAUCAUUGAGCACUUACCAAAGACGAGACAAACGAUGCUUUUCAGUGCGACGCAGACCAAGAAGGUCUCGGAUUUGGCACGGUUGAGUUUGAAGGAUCCGGAGUAUGUUUCGGUUCACGAAGCUGCUUCUAGCGCUACGCCUUCGACUUUACAACAAUUCUACGUUCUUACCCCACUUUCUGAUAAGCUCGAUACGCUGUACAGUUUUAUUAAGUCAAAUACCAAGGCAAAAAUCAUUGUAUUUUUGUCUUCGGGUAAACAGGUACGAUUUGUGUAUGACAGUUUCCGCCACUUACAGCCCGGUAUUCCUCUCAUGCAUCUUCACGGGCGACAGAAGCAAGCAACGAGGUUGGAGAUCACAUCGAAGUUCUCGGCAUCGAAGAAUUCGUGUAUCUUCGCGACAGAUGUUGUAGCGAGAGGUCUGGAUUUUCCAGCCGUGGAUUGGGUCAUACAGAUUGACUGCCCGGAAGAUGCAGAUACCUACAUCCAUCGAGUCGGCCGAACUGCAAGAUACGAAAGGGCAGGGAAAGCGGUCUUGUUUCUGGACCCAAGUGAAGAGGAUGGCAUGUUGAAAAGGCUUGAACAUAAGAAAGUGCCGAUUCAAAUGACAAAACCACGACAGAAAAAGCAGCAAAGUGUCAAACCUCAAUUGCAGAAUAUGUGUUUUCAGGAUCCGGAGCUCAAAUAUCUGGGCCAGAAGGCAUUUGUCAGUUAUGCACGAUCAAUUUUCGUUCAGAAAGACAAGAAAAUUUUCGACAUCAACAAAUAUGAUCUGGAGGGUUACGCUUCCAGUAUGGGAUUACCCGGAGCACCAAAAAUCAAGUUUCGUAAAGGAGGAGAUGCUAAGAAAACAAAAAAUGUUCCACAUGCAUUGCUUUCAAGCGGCGAGGAUACCGAUGAAGAAUCUGGGAGCAAAUCGAAGAAAGCAGUCGAGGUGCGCACGAAAUAUGACCGUAUGUUCGAGCGCCGCAACCAAGAUGUCUUGUCAAGCCAUUACUCGAAACUUAUGGCUGGAGAUGCGGCUGAAGAGAAGGAUGAUGUUCAAGCUGAUGCUGAUGAAGAUAAUGAUUUCUUAUCUGUCAAGAGAGUAGUCUCUGCUGAUGAGGAUGAAGAUUCAGAUGACGAGGCUGCACCAGGACCGACAGCAAAGGUAAUUCCUGGUAUAGGGAGAGAACCAUUGGUGAUUGAUUCCAAGCGAAAAGAGAAGAUGUUGACAUCAAAAAAGCAACUUCUAAAACUUAAAGAGAAGGGUCAGAAGCUCAUAUUUGACGAAGAAGGCAACCCCCAUCAAAUGUACGAGUUGGAAGAUGAAAAAGACUUCCAACGCAGAGGACCAGCUGAAGCCCAAAGAGCUAAGUUCUUGGAUGAGGAGAUUGAGAGGGUUCAACGAGCAGAUCUUGAUGAUAAGCAGCUCGCCAAAGAGAAGAAACGAGAGAAACGCGCGAAGAAGAAGGCCAGGGAACGGGGGGAGAAAUCUGGUCUGGAAGAGGACGAUGAUGCCCCAGAACUUGUUGAGGCUGGAUUGGAUGAUAGUGAAGAUCAUAUGGAUCCAUUGGAAUUUUUGGCCUCUUUGCCAAUGGCUGAAGAGGAUGAGGACAAGGACAGACGGCCAAAGCGGGCGAAGAAAUGGUUUGAGGAUGACUCGGAUGACGAGAGACAGAAAUCCAAGAAGAGGAAGAAUACUAGAGUUCUUGAGGCUGCGGAUGAGCCUGAGACUUUGGAGGAUUUGGAGGCUCUUGCUGCCGGUCUUCUUGGUUGAUUGAUCACAGAAUAGAUGUUAAACAACCUACCGUAAAUAAGAUAAUGUAUUUGUAGAUACCCCUAAUUUUGUGCCCCGCGAUUAUCCGAG